CCACGCCUCGUGUAGAGUAUGUACGCGUCACCACCACACGUCCCUCCCUCCUACCUCUCAACCAAGAUGACCGACUCCGAAGCAGCAGACCAACCACACAACUAUGACUUCGACUCCGACCUCGACGCGGACCUCGACGCCUCGGAGUCAGAAGUGGAUGCGGACCUGAACCCAGACCUCGACCUCGACCACGACUCCUCGCCGUCGCGCGCGUCCUCGCCCGCCUCCAUCCCGGAAUUACCAACCGGCGAGUUCCCAACGGUCGCGUCGCUAACGGGGCUAUUCAUAUCGCACCUCGAGUGCAGCAUCCACACGAUUCUGUACGCGCGGGGUAUCUACCCCGCGCGGCUAUUCAUGGCGAGCCGCAUGUACGGCGCCGCCGUAAAGAUGUGUCGUGUCCCGGCCGUAAACAGAUUCGUGCGCGAACUGGUCGAUACUGUCGGCGAGCAGAUGCUCGCCGAGAAUGUGCGCAUUGUGGCGGUGGUCGUACUGUCGCCGGGCCCGCUGCGCGCGCCGCUGGAGAGGUUUUGUUUUGAUGUGGGGUAUUUGCCACGGGUGGGGGGGAGGGAGAGGCAUACCCUCCUGGUGGCGGAGGAUGGGAUUACAGACCUCCCGGAUCUACAUGCGCAGUUCAGGAGUCUUAUGAUGCAGUUGGCCAGUGUGGCGGGCAGGCUGGGGAGGCUGCCUGAGGGCUGCUCGUUUACAGUUGCGUUGGAGCUGGAGGAGGGGGGUGUCCCCAUCGAGCGCGAGAAGCGGUGGGUCGUCGAGGAUCCGAAGAUGACGAAUGGAACGGUGGGAACGGUGGGGACGACGACGGUCACGCUGAGGAGUAUUGUUAGCGGCGCGAUGAAUCUCGAUGUCUGGGUCGAGGAGUCGGGGGCUAAGGCGAAGCUGCCGGUUGCUUGAGCUUGGAAGGCGGGGGUUGCUUGGGCUUGGGCUUGGACUUGGACUUGUAGAUGACUUGGUGCGAGCAUUGCUUUGGGGUUUUGGCGUCAGUUACUUGGUUACUUGGGCAUGGAUGUUGAUGGAUCGGCGCCUCUUUCUGAGGGUAAAUAUUGCUUUUACGGGCACGGUGUUGUUGGGUUCUUUAGUGAGGAUUCGGCAAUGCAGGUUGGAAAUGGUUGUGAGAUCACUUCUUCGUAUCCUGAGUCGAGAUCGUCGAC